GGAGGAGGUGUAAUAUUUUGCUGUCAGGAUGAGGAGCAGGAUCCCCGUCAUCCUCCUGGCCUGUGGCUCCUUUAACCCCACCACCAACAUGCACAUGCGUUUGUUUGAGCUGGCCAGAGACCACCUGCACCAGACAGGAAGAUAUCAGGUGAUUGAAGGCAUAAUGUCUCCUGUCAGUGAUAACUAUGGGAAGAAAGGCUUGGUGUCAGCAAGGCACCGGGUGGCAAUGGCCAAACUGGCCCUGGAGACUUCAGACUGGAUCCGGGUGGAUCCCUGGGAGAGCGAGCAGGACACGUGGACCGAGACAGUGAAAGUACUAAGGCACCAUCAUAAUGAAGCGCUCAGAGCGUUCCAGUCCAAGGAGUUGCUGAGGAGCAAGCAUCCCACAGAAAGCUCUACAGAGGAUUCCCUUUCUUGCCAGCAACCAGUUCUACCAGAAUUAAAGCUGGUCUGUGGGGCUGAUUUUCUACAGACAUUUAAGACACCCAAUCUCUGGAAGGAAGAAGACAUCAAAGAAAUAGUGGAAAAGUUUGGUUUGGUCUGCAUUAGCCGGGCUGGCUCUGAUCCAUCUCAGUUCAUCCAGGAAUCAGACCUUUUAUCUACAUUUCAGCACAAUAUUUUUCUAGUGAGAGAGUGGAUCCAGAAUGAAAUCAGUGCGACCCAGAUCCGCUGUGCCCUGUGCAGAGGGCUGAGUGUGAAAUAUCUCAUCCCAGACUCUGUCAUUGCCUACAUUGCACAGCACAACAUCUACACAGCAGAGAGCGAGCGCAGGAAUGAGGGGAGCCUGCUGCAGCCUCUCAGGCUGCAAAGCACAACAACAAACCUCUGA